CUCCACACCCCACCCCGACUCAGGGGCAAUGCGUACAUCGUAGGUACUCGUGUACCUAGAGUCUGGACCCUCGUGCGUGAUAGUGAUUUCGUUGUCGGACAUGGCCGGAACACUUUUCUCCGAUCUUGCUUCACAGCAAUCCAGCUCUACCUCUACAUUGGGCACAGGGUCGCGUGCGCUUGUACUUUGAGGACCCUGCCAUAGAUACUGUGUACAGCCAGUUCAGAAGUGCCAUCCCCGCUUGUCUUUGGGUGUCGUUUGUCCCUCCGGCCGUUGUAUUGCCUUUUUUAUUCUACUUCACCGUCACUCUCUUCUUUGACUUCACCUGUUCAAUUUGGCCGCAAUGAUGGGCCAUGCUCAGCACGGGCUACCCAGGCCAGUCCAAUCUGUUCGCUGGCGACAGAACAUGCUGAGCCCCCAUCGACUUGCCAAAUAUUUGCUGGUCGCUUUCUUCGCAAUUCUGGCAAUAGGGAUUUGGGAGCGAUCGGGACUGCCACAAGGACUUGCACAUUUCACCGCCACGACUGGGAAUAGUACUGAAGUGCAGGUGCCUGGAACGCCAACCGCAGAACCUCAUGCGGGAACGUCCUUGAGCGAAGGAGACGAAGACGAUGCCACCGAUGGGCCGUUUGAGGGUUCUGUAAGUGCGGAUUCCGAAAACGAUCCCAACUCGGAGGCUCUGCCCUCCUCAAACCUCCAACCCUCUGCCCCUUCUACCGAAGCCUCAUUCCCCAGAUUUGCCAAAAUCACCGCAACGUUCGGAGAGCGGGACCCGCCUUACGAGGACGCCAUCUCAUCGCACAAUCUUCACAAUGAACUCCAUGGCUACCCGCACUUCAUCCUCCGCGAGCAAAUGCUGCGAGGUCUCUGGUCCAAACACGCAUAUAUCCUGACAAUCAUCGGGAAUGAGCUUGCCAAACCCGCGCAUGAGCGGCUAGCAUGGCUCAUGUGGCAUGAUCGCGACACGGUGCUCAUGAAUCCUCAAAUACCUUUGGAUAUCUUCGUCCCUCCUUCGCCCGCGUUUGAUCACAUCCAUCUGCUGGUCACCAAUGACAGGAACGGACUCAACAACGGUGUAUUUUUCUGCCGCGUGUCGGCUGCGAGUUUCAAGUUCUUUGCAAGUGCAUUGAGCAUCAGAGAGUAUGAACCCGAGAUACAAUUGAAGUAUACCGAGCAGUCGGGAAUGGAAGAGGUCAUCAAGCGCGAAAACUGGAACAGUGCCGUAGCAUAUGUCCCGCAGCGCUGGUUCAACGGCUUCCCACCCACCGAAAAGUCUCUAAAGUCAGGAAAAGCAUCUGCCGCCCGUCCAGGGUCUCUGCUAAUCCACUUCGCCUCGAAUCGUGAUGGCCGGAGGCCGGAACGAAUGGCUCACUGGGGGGAGAUCGCGAAGAAUAGAUCGGCCGAGUGGGAUAAGCCUGUCGAACAGACAGGCUAUCUGCAGGAGAUCGCCGAGUAUUGGGAGCGGUUGGAGAAUGGCGACAGUCAGGAGAGCAUCAUUGAAGAUAUUGAGGAUCGAGUGUGGGACUGACGGAGGAUCGUCUCAAACAUGUAAUUGGUUCUGUGCUAGUACUGUUCUUACACGAUUAUUAGUUUUCUUGUACAUAUUAGAAGGUUUUUAGCUAGUUAGGAGUCCUUUUUAGGCCUACAUCUACGACCGUUUAGGAUA